AUGACAACGCCUGAACAAUCGGAUUCUCUGCGUGAGAGUCUGAGUCGAGUCAUUAUGGACCACCUGGCGGAACUUGACUGGGGCGCCAUGGGCUUGCUGUCGAAUCCUGUACUGAGAGUUGAGGCGUUUCUCCAGGACGGUGAUGCUCUCCCAGCCACCAACCCUGGUCCGUCGAACAUGAACCCCGUCGUUUCUGUGAGUCCAUGGCUCCGAACUUCCGCGAUGGCGGUAACACCACGCCGCCUGGACAAACCAGCCGAGCUGAUGUUUCCUUCCUCUCAGAAAACGGUAGAUCUGUCAGGGUACAUGUCGCCGAUGGUUCAUACGCCCAGCUCACAUGCAGCUACCAUGAUGUCGGAGCACGUUCCGUCGCCGACAUCCUUUAGCCAUCACCCGCCAGAUCACACCGCUCACAUGGAUCAAAUGAUCAUGCGACACAGGACGUCUCCUCCCAUCCCCGUCCCUGGUUCUGUUCCACUCGACGACUACAGUGCGGCAGCCAACGAUUUCCGAAGAAAGGGAACCGGCGGGCUACGCCUCGCGCGUCCAGCCGACGGACCUGCUGUGCGGCAUGGUCCUGACAGCCAACGACAGAUGCAGAUAGCCAACAACUUUCCCAAGCGAGCCAAGGUACAAUCUGAUUCAGUCGUCUUUGUCCCGCAACAGUCUUCACUCGACAAGUUCGUCGUCAGCAUAUGGGAUCAGAUCCACGGCGGCAUCAAUCUGGAACCUCAGAGCCUCCUCGAGCAAUGGCAACUGACAGCCAGCGCCGCGACGGCAACCAUUAACAACGGUGGCAGACCGCCAGGACCGGGCCAGCCAGACCUCGGCCUGCUCUCGCCACCCCCUACAACUACAGACCCGUCCUUGGCGACGCUCGACACGGCCACCUUUAAUCGCAGCAACCUGUUCUGCCGCAAGGUGACGCAGGCCAGCCGUGCGUGUCGCGCCAUCGAGGUCAUCGUCCAGGCCCGCUGGAUCGAGCAUUUUGAUGCCCACGUCGAGGUUCUCGCCAUCACAAGUCCGGCCCUCUCGCCGACGAAGCGCCGCAAGCGCGCUCUUCUCGAAGCCUGCGCCGAUUUUGGAUGGUCCGAGAAGGAGCUCCGCAACAAGAUGGCCAUCUGGCGCGGCUACAAGGAGAUCAAAGACGCUGGAGGCUGGGCGGCUCUCGUGUUUGCCGGCAUGGGCCUCUACCGCUUUUGCAAAUACCGCGUCGGCUUCACGCCCGAGUCCAUGGCCCGCUUGCGCGCUCUGCGACCGCGCAUCGAAGUGGCCGCUGACACAUUACACCCGACCUGGCGGCAGCUACUCAUGAUCGUGGGCGAGUCACCGCAGCGGAGGUUCUGCGGCCACCCGCACGACUGGGUGGUGCGCCAGGACGGUUCAGACCCAGUGCCGCUGAGGAGCACAUAUCUCGAGCACGACCCCUUUUUCAGCUUCGAGCACCUCGACGGCAGCGUCGUCGAUGCCAAUGCCUGGGGCCCCGAAGACGACCCGCGCUGGAUACCGCCCGUGAGCGCCGCGGCGUCGCUAACGGGCCAGCACGUCUGCCACUCGUGCGGUCAGGAGCAGAGCGAAGAGCCCAAGGUCAACUCGUGUUACUGUUUUCCGAGCCUCUUUGGCUCAGGCAGACGGAGUCCGUGUCCUGUACAGGUUUUCAGGACAACCGAUGGGCGGAACAACGGGCUGCUAGCGCUGUGCGCCUUUGAGAGGGGGGCAGCCAUUGGCGAGUUCGUCGGCCUCGUGACAAAAGACCUUCAGAAUCUCGAUGUCAUGGACAGUUCGACGGGCGUCAGAGGCUAUCAGAUAUGGCAGGGACGGCAGGGCAACUACACGCGGUUUACGAACCACAGCUGCAAGGCCAACGCCCAGUUCCAGCACUUUGUCUGGAUGAGCACGCAGAGGAUUAUACUCGUGAGCAAGGGGAUCGAAGCUGGGCAUGAGAUUACGGUUGACUACUCGGGCAGCUACUGGAGAGGCCUCGACAAGGACUGCCUCUGUGGGGAGGCUUGCUGCCGAUAUAAAAACAGCAGCCAUGUUUGA